AUCCUCAAGGAGGUCUACAAGAUUGCACAAACUUAUCCGGAUGUGCGAGGCCACGUCCCAGAGCUGGUCUUGUUCCACAUCAAAGAAAAAUCCACGUCUAACAUCAGAGUCGCACUAGGACUGAAGGACGCUGAACGGGCCGAACAGGGCGGCCGUGCGCUGUACAUCACCGUAUUCAGAAAGCUUAUCCCAAUCACGACGCUUUCUGGCGAGGAGUUCCUUGCCGCGUGGUGGCAAGUUGUGAAGUGUCAUCGCGCCCUCUGGAAGGGAGGCGUGCUUCAUCGAGACGUCAGCCCUAGCAACCUCAUGGUGUACCACUCACACGAUCAAUACAUAGGCAUUCUCAAUGACUACGACUUAUCGUCGUUUGAACGUGAUGGUUCCAGGGGCCUCGAGCGCACAGGAACGGUGCCAUUCAUGGUGGUAAACCUUCUCACGCCAGACGCCAUGGCAGGCAAGGUCAAGCACGUGUAUGCACAUGAUGCUGAAUCGUUGAUCUGGACCCUCACUUGGGUCAGUCUUCGGUAUGAAGGUGGAAACCUCCUCAGCAAGAACAGGCCAUUGGAAGAAUGG